CACUGACCUCCCUCGGCCGCCCGGCCGGGGCAGGGCCGGAGCCGGGAGCCAGCCCCGCCCGCCGCCCCGCCCAUGGGCCGCCAGCCCCCGCAGCCGCCCGCCGGGAGGACCGCGCCGAGGGGGGGAGCCGCCUGAAGGACCGCGACGGCCGCGCCCGCAGAGAGAAACUAUGAGUGGAGGAAGGGGAGAGGGAGAGAGAAUCCCAAGCAGACUCCUCACCAAGCAAAGAGCCCAGUGUAGGGCUCCAUCUCAUGACCCCAAGGUCAUGACCUGAGCGGAAAUCAAGAGUUGGACGCCCAAAUGACUGAGACACCAAGGUGCCCCUUUUUGCUUCCACUUUGUCAAGGUCAUCUGGAUGUCAGCAUGGCAGCCACAAACCUGGAGAACCAGUUGCACAGCGCCCAGAAGAACCUCCUCUUCCUUCAGCGGGAGCAUGCCAGCACCCUUAAGGGGCUGCAUGCCGAGAUCAGGCGACUGCAGCAACACUGCACAGAUUUAACAUAUGAGCUGACACUCAAAAGUUCGGACCAGACAGGAGAUGGGGCUUCCAGAAGCAGCGAGCUGAAGAGGAAAUGCGAGGAGCUGGAGGCCCAGCUGAAGCUGCAGGAGGAGGAGAACAACGAGCUGCUCAAGCAGCUGGAGCAGAAGAACGCCAUGAUCGCCGUGCUGGAGAACACCGUCAAGGAGCGCGAGAAGAAGUACCUGGAGGAGCUGAAGGUGAAGAGCCACAAGCUGAACAUGCUGUCCAGCGAGCUCGAGCAGCGCGCCGGCACCAUCGCCUACCUGACCGCCCAGCUGCACGCCGCCAAGCGGAAGCUCCUGAGCGCCGGGGGGGCCUCGGACGGCAGCCCCUCCGGGAGCCCUGUGCUGGCCAGCUACAAGCCGGCCCCCCCCAAGGACAAGCUGCCUGAGACGCCCCGCCGCAGGAUGAAAAAGAGCCUCUCAGCCCCCCUGCACCCGGAAUUUGAGGAGGUCUACAGAUUUGGGGCCGAGAGCCGGAAACUCCUCCUGCGGGAGCCGGUGGAUGCCAUGCCUGACCCCACCCCGUUCCUGCUGGCCAGGGAGUCCGCCGAGGUCCACCUCAUCAAGGAGAGGCCUCUGGUCAUCCCCCCCAUCGCCUCCGACCGUGGCCCGAGCGAGCAGCACAGCCCGGCCCGCGAGAAGCCACACAAGGCUCACGUGGGGGUGGCCCACCGCAUCCACCACACCGCAGCGCCGCAGGCCCAGCCCGAGGUGGAGACGCUGGCGGUCGACCAGGUGAACGGAGGGAAGGUCGUGAGGAAGCACUCAGGGACGGACAGAACUGUGUGAAGCCUGCCCCAGGCGACCCUUCACCCUCGGCUGUCGAUGCACUGUGAUCACUACAAGGAAAAACUCAUCCAUACCUUUUUUAUUUUUUCUUAAUUCCCAUGCAUGCCAAAUUUUUUUCAGACCUGUCAACAGAUGAUUCUUCUCCUGCUCCUCUUGCCCUCUUACUGACACCAAAAUACGAUCGUGUCCCUGCUGCAGAAUACGUAUUUACUAAUCGCUGUGGCCAAACACCUGUGUGCCGAAUCGCUUGCUUCUAAUCCCACACUGUGUACCUCCGCGCGCUCGUGGACAGAGCACAGGCCGCAGGCUCUAUCACUACUCGACGUUAACGAAAUCGGAUAGUCACACGCCUCAUUAUACAGCCGGAGCAACACACGCCGACCGACCUUGACCCCUCGCUCCAGUUUCCAGGGCAGCCCCUGCUCCCUCCUGGAGACCCUGUAACCUCCCGACGAGCCUUUCCCAGGGCGGCACAGAUAGCCGAGCAGCUGUAGAUGUGUAUCUCGGGAACGAAACAAGAUGAUGUUACUUCUCAUACCACCACAAUCUGAACGUGUGUUCAUAUUUUUUGUUAGUUUUAUCCAAAAUGUUCAAGAUCCCAACAAACUUUAUUUUCUAAACCUG